AUGAGGCGGGAAGAGGAGGAAGAGGAGGGAACCAGGAUGAAGGCAAAAGGAGACCUUGAGAUGAAGGAGGAAGAGGCAAUCAGUGAGAAGGGAGAACCGGUUGGCCCUUUCGCGAGCGCCAUGCCCACCUCUCUGCCGCACAACAAGGGGUCCCGGUUUUCCGAGGUUUGGGAAUAUUUCCACCUGGCCCCUGUUCGUGCUGGCCACCACCCCAGCCAAUAUGCCACCUGCCGCCUGUGUGGCAGGCAGGUGAGCCGUGGCCCAGGGGUUAACGUGGGCACCACAGCCUUGUGGAAACAUCUGAAGAGCAUGCAUAGAGAGGAGCUGGAGAAGACUGGCCAUGGUCAGGUGGGGCAGCGCAAGGACUCCAGGUCCCAGGGGCCCCAGCUCCCCAUGGGUAUCGAGGGCGAAUGGGCCCGGCUCCUGGAGCAGCUGGGGACCCUGGCUUUGUGGGCCAGCCAAAGGGAAAAGGAGGUGCUUAGGAGGGAGAGGGCAGUGGAAUGGCGGGAGAGAGCCGUGGAAAGGAGAGAGCGAGCCCUGGAGGAGGUAGAAAGGGCCAUCCUGGAGAUGAAGUGGAAGGUGAGAGCUGAGAAGGAAGCCUGUCGGAGGGAGCAAGAGCAGCCUGCAGCAGCUCAUCCUUUCCAUUUUGUUUAA